UCUAUCAAUUAAUUAAUUAAUUUUAACAAAAUGAAGAGAGUUGUUUUGCUUAUUUCACUUGUUCUUGCAUUUUCCUCUUCAUGUGCUACAACAACUCCUAAUCAAGUGUUGCAGGUGGUACGUGACACUAAUGGUGAAAUUCUCAGAUCAGACUCCAGGUACUUUGUGGUCAUGCCACCAAUAUUAGUCGGAGGAGGAGGCGGAGUUACGAGAGGACCGAUAUUCGAAGCUAAAGAUGGAGCUGCUGAUGCUAACUUCGUCUGUCCAUUUCAGGUGGUGCAGACCCCGGUAAAUUUGGACCAAGGAAUGGCAGUGUUUUUCACACCUAAGGCACGAAAGCAAAUAGAAAUCACUGAAUCCACUGAUCUUAACAUUAAGUUCUAUCUUGACAAUCCAACUGGGAUUUGUAACAACACAGUGUGGGAAGUGGAAGGUAAUUUCCCAGGAACUGCAUUGAGCCCAGCUUUCUUGUCAACUAAUGGUGGAGAGACAGGAAAUCCUUCGAAAGUAACCACUUGGUUUCAGAUUAAGAAAUUAAAUGUCGAUGAUGAUCAUAUUAUUAAUUCUAUGUACAUGUUGAUGUUUUGUCCUAAUAAUUAUGAAGAGAACUGCAGUGAAAUCACCAUCGAUUAUGUCGAUGGACAAAGGCGUUUGGCUCUAAAUAUUGGCUAUAGGUUCCCAGUUGUGUUCGUUAAGGAUAAUCGUUACGGAAUAAAAUCGAUUGUGUGAUAGAUUUGUUUGGACGAAAAUAUAUGAAUAACGUAAUGUACCUGUUUGUGUUGUCUAAAUAAUGGAUGUAUAAGACUAUUUAUUUCCUCUGUAAUAUAUUGGUACAUUUAUGGAUAUGUGUAUAUUCCCUCUCUCA